UGGUAUUCAGCGCUUCCGGAUUCGGCAUUGACCUGCCACAGACGGAGGGCCGCCACCUUGGAUUCUGGGUGUCCUUGGUCAGCAGCCCUGUUGAACCAGUCGAGGGACAACGAUUUGUUUGCUUCGACGCCGAUUCCUUCUUCGUACAGCCGACCGAGAGCGUUCUGAGCCAAUACAUGGCCUUGCUGGGCCGCCCGCUGGUACCAGUAAAAUGCCAGGGUCGGAUUCUUGCCUACACCCUGUCCGGUUUCGUAGUAGUCGCCGAGGAUGUAUUCGGCUUCUUGGUGCCAAAGGUCGGCUGCCGCAUGAUACCAUUUCACGGCCGUCGAAAUGUUCUUGAAAGUGCCAAUGCCGUUUUCAUAGCAUCGGGCCACAUGAAAGAGGGCGUCAAAGCUUCCAUCUGCAGCUGCUUGUUUGUAUAGAGACAAGGCCUCACUCUUGCUCGCCGAUAUCCAGGUUCCGUUUUCGUAGCAUUGUCCGAGACGGAAUUUGGCAUCGACGUGAG